GUUCACAUUUCCGCUGCGUCAUUGCACUACAUUGUAGGAGUGCUGGUGAAUGCUUUCCCUCCGUUGGCUGAUAUAAUCAAGACCAUACCCCAAGACAAGAGGAAACAUGAUUUGUAAUGUAGUGGAGCCAAUACAGAGACUCUGAGAACAAGUAUCGUAGUAGCUGUAGUAGCAGGAUCUCAAUAUCUGGUGAUGUGGAUUUUUCCAUGGCAAUUUCUGUCUCAUACUGAUAUGUGACAUGACAUGCUUGAGCGCACAGAACAGGAAAAUGCUUUUGUGCACUUGAAAAGGGGGGUUACCACUUCCUUCCUCCACACUCUUUACUUUCUGGUGAAGUGAGACUGUUAAAUCAACUUUAAUUAUUAUCGGUGGUCUUACAGAUGCAUUGGGUAGUCACAUGAAAAAAAGGAGAACUAAAACUCCUCUCCUUGACCUACUUUAUUUAUUUAGGACUUGAAUACAUAGAUUACAUACAGUACAAUUAGAUUCUACAAGUUUAUACAAUCCAAGAAUGGGGAAUCCAAAUACUAGCAUCUGUAUCAUCAACGACAACAUGGUGCCCUUUGCCACGUUUUACAUCCUCAUCUUCUUGAUUGGCAUGGCCACCAGCCUGGUGGCACUGUGGGCCUUCAUAACCAGCCAGAACGCUAAAAAGUGCAUCAAUGUUUACCUAAUCAAUCUUCUGACAUCUGAUUUCCUCCUCAUGCUGGCCCUUCCCGUCAAGAUUGCAAAAGAUCUGGGCAAUGAGUCUCUGAGUUUGACCAUUUUUCACUGCCAAGUGAGUUCUCCACUCAUCUACAUCAACAUGUACGCUUCCAUCAUCUUUCUAUCGUUUGUUAGUGUUCAGCGCUACCUCCAAAUCACUCGAAGCUCAAAACUGCUCCGACUGCAAGAGGUGGGCUUUGCGGUGCUAAUGUCAGCAGUGGUCUGGUUCCUUGUGCUCUUCAUCAAUGUGCCCAACAUGGCCAUUCCAAUCAAAGGUAACAUUACAAAAAAACAUGGCCUAACCUGCUCUGACCUAAAAGAGGAUUUGGGCAAGCACUGGCAUGCACUGUCGGUAUUUCUGGGUAUGGCUAUAUUCUUCAAUGCCUCUGCAGCUGUGCUUCUGUCCAAUGGCUUGGUCUUGAAGCAGCUUUGGUGUCGACGUGAAUCAGACCCCGAGGACCAAGCGACUGCCCGGCAUGCCUUCAUAAACAUCGCAGUGGUGACCUUGGCUUACAUGGUAAGCUUUGUGCCAUACCAUGCUGUGCGUAUGCCGUACACGUUUACACAGAUAGAGGUGUUCUCUGAUUGCAGUUUGAAGAAGAGUCUGUUUCUGGCCAAAGAGUCUACCCUACUCCUCUCCAUCUUGCACCUAUGCUUUGAUCCACUGCUGUACUAUGUUAUCUGCCAUGCAUUCAGGCAUCAAGUCACAAAGGCCUUCUCAAACAGACACAGUGUUUCAAACUAUGACACAGACUAAAAAUUUCCAUUGGAAAAUUGAAUGCAUGGUAAUGUAAAACAGCAAGACAUUCAACCAAGCAGAAAGCUAGAAAUGUCUGGAGAAAAGGAGAGUGCAAAAAGAACUGUGGCCAAUAAUGGCACAAAACAUAAUUUAAAGCAGUCCGCGCAAUUAGCUCUUGCCAUCUAACACGACUAAGUCUACAGAUGUAAUUUUCAUAUCAAGUCAUUUAUUUUUGUAUAGUGCUUUUUAAAGCAGCUUUUUUUUUAGAAAAUCAUACUGUCUGUUAUGUAAGGUUUUAAAUGUCCCCAGUGAACAGCUUCAUUGAAAAACCUCAUUGAAAAUCAUGCUUUAAUGUUUUUGUCUUUAAGCCCCCCAUGAGCAAGCCAAAGGCAACUGUGGCAAGGAACAAAAAUGCCAUAUGAUGUUUGUUAGUAAAGAGGGGAAAAUGAAAGAAAGAAAAUUAAAAACACGGGAGAAAACAGACCUAGCUGGGGGAGAUAGUUUUCCUCUGGCUAUACGUCCACAGAAGACAGACUGAUUGUUGCUCAGAGGUGUUUGUUUAAUUCAUUACUGUUGUUAUUUAUAAGCAUUGAGAUUCAGUGGGAAAUUGUUAGUAAAAAUUAUAUUGCACAGCUACGAAUUAAAUGCAAAUUUCUAGAUAGAUUAAAAAAUAAAUUAUGUGUGAUUCACAAAUUGUAAUGGCUGAGAAGAGUUCUGUUUAAAUCUGUUUAUUAAAAAUAAAGCAGUUUUGCAAAA